AUGGCGCCCACGAGCAAAAGCCACCGCAAGGCCAUCGAGCAAGCCGCCAAGAAGCAGAAAGCGCACAAGAGGACCAAGCACAAUCUGCGCCGCGCCAAAGAAGAACGGCGAAAGAUCAAAGCACUCAAAGAGGCUGCAAAUCGUCCCGGUAAUCUUCAAUCACUGCCAACAGAGAUUACGGACCGCAUUCUCGGCUAUUCUGAGUCUCCAGAGGUCGUUUCUGUUGCGCUGGCGUGUCCGACGGUAUACCGUAUAUUGCGCGCAAGACAUGGCCGUCUCCAGAACGUGCUAUCAGCCACUAAUCUCCCACGAAACCAGUUCUUCUUCAAUUUGUCCUACAGAUGGCGUCGAGCAGACACGGGCAAGCUCUGGGACUUUGUCGCCACCAAGAAGCCUGGAUGCGUUAUUCUCUGCGAUCGCACGGACCUUUGGGGCCACUGGCUCAGAUGGGUCAGAGUCGAUGCCAUGUUGGCUGCCCUACAGCAGUACACGACACGGCGCCUGGGCAACAACUACUUCCAUACAGAGUGUGAAUGCAACAAGAAGCUUGAGCAGAGGGUUUCGGCAUACAAUAUACUGCUCGAAGCUCUGCCUACCAACAGAAGGAUAGCUCUCAGGAAAGAUCUGACGAAGGCAGAGAGGGUGGCGUUGGUUGCUGACAGGAGCUCUCGUCGUGCAGAGCUGCAGCUCGAGCAGCAGAAGUGUGUUCUCGCGCUCCGCUUGAUUGAGAAAUUCCGGUGA